GACCCGUAGCGGGCGCGCCACGCGUUGCCACGGUGACGCGGCCGAGUCGCCCCCUCCCCAGGGCUCGGAUAGCGGCUCGCUGAGUGAAGAACCUCGGCUGAACACAACAACAAAAACAACAACAACAAACCAGAGAGGAGUCCGUGCACAAGACGGCUCUCAGGCUCUCAAACACGCCGUCGCGAUGAAGCGUGUGUUCUCUCUCACGGAGAGGAAUAACACUGGAGGUCCAUUGCUGUAUGGCUGGCAGAAGACGCUUGGAAAUUAUCUGGCCCUGUCUGGGUCAGAAAGUUCUGCCAAGAUUUAUGACCGGCAUGGCCAGAAGAUCGAUUUGAUCAACCUUCCCGGAAAGUGCUUGGGGUUUGACUGGGAUAAAGAUGGCGACACCCUUGCCUUGAUUGCGGAGAAGUCGAGCAGCAUUUACCUCUGGGAUGCCAAUACGCACAAAACCAGCCAGGUGGAUAGUGGUAUGAGGGACCAGAUGACAUUCUUGCGUUGGGGACGCUCCUCGGCCAUGCUGGCUGUUGGCACAGCCAAGGGAAACUUGCUCCUUUACAACCAUCAAACUUCACGCAAGAUACCCAUACUUGGUAAGCAUACAAAACGCAUAACAUGCGGUUGCUGGAGCGCCCAAGACCUUCUGGCGCUUGGCAGUGAAGACAAAUCGAUUACUGUCAGCAACCCUGAGGGUGACACUAUACGACAGGCCAGCAUCAGAGCAGACCCAAGCGAGAUGCUUUUUUCUGUGAUGAAAACUGACGAACGAAACAACUAUGGAGAGAAUACGGUGAGUGUUAUGGUAGGAAAGAAGACCCUGUUUCUUUUUAAUAUGAACGAUCCAGACAACCCAAUUGAACUCGCCUUCCAGCCGCGAUAUGGAAGCAUCGUCUCUUACCGCUGGUAUGGCGAUGGCUACAUCAUGAUUGGCUUCUCGCAAGGUUACUUUGUGGUGAUCUCCACGCACAUGCGUGAGAUUGGCCAGGAGCUCUUUCAGGCUCACAACCACAAGGACAGCCUCACCAGCAUUGCUAUCUCGCAAUCACUAGGCAAGGCAGCCUCCUGCGGAGACAACUGCAUCAAGAUUCAUGACCUUUCAGAGCUCAAAGAGAUGUAUGCCAUUAUUACCCUCGAUGAUGAAAUCAAAGGUCUGGACAAGCUGGCAUGGACAGACGAUGGGCAGCUACUGGCCAUCUCCACCCUGCGUGGCUCGUUGCACGUGUUCCUUACCAAGCUGCCUGUGCUGGGGGACACAUUUUCGACGCGAAUUGCUUACCUCACCUCCCUGCUGGAGGUCACCAUUGCCAACUCAGUGGAAGGGGAGCCGCCCGUGACCGUUGCCAUUGACGUGGAGCCCAACUUUAUUGCGGUGGGGCCCUACCACCUGGCCGUGGGCAUGAACAACCGCGCAUGGGUGUAUGCGCUCAGCGAGUCUGGUGCAGUGGAGCGGCUCAAGGACCGUGAGUACCUAGGCACAGUCAGCAGCAUGCGUCUAAACGCUGACUACGCUGCCGCCCUGUUUGAGGGAAAGGUCCAACUGCACAUGGUUGAAGCACAGGGUCCUGAUGGCCAGGAAGAACGUGAGACACGGCUGUUUCCCAGCGGGGAUGAUCGAAGCCGUAUUACAUGUCACGCGCUGACCGCCGACUUCCUGAUCUACGCCACAGAUGCCGGUGGUAUAUUUUACUUUUUUCUGGAGGACUGGCAGUUUGUAAACGAGUACAAGCACAUAGUUGGUAUCCGCAAGCUCUUUCCAGACACCAGUGGAACUCAGUUGGUCAUCAUUGAUGACAAAGGUGAUGGCUACGUCUACAGCCCUGUCAAUGACUCCCUGUUUGAGAUCCCCAACCUAUCACCCACCAUCAAGGGCAUCCUAUGGGAAAAUUUUCCCUUGGACCGAGGAGUCUUUGUAGCUUAUGACGAUGACAAAAUAUACACGUAUGCCUACCACAAGGACACCAUCGCAGGUUCCAAAGUCAUCUUGGCGGGCGGCACCAAGUUGCCCUUCUCACAGAAGCCCCUGCUGCUCUACAACGGAGAGCUGACGUGUCAGACUGGCAGCGGAAAGACCAACAACCUCCUGCUGGGCUCGCACGCCUUCCUGAGCCCCAUGGCUGACAGGCCUCAGCCCGAGUGUGCCCGAUUGCUUACCCAGAGUCUCAUGCUGCGCAGGUUUAAGGAUGCGUGGACGAUAUGUGAGCAACUGUCAGAUUCGGCAGCGUGGAACGAGAUGGCUCGUGCCAGCUUGUAUCACAUGGAGGUGGAGUUUGCCAUCCGUGUGUACCGCAUGCUGUCCAAUGGUGGAAUGGUGCUAGCACUGGAGAAUAUCAAGGCAGUGGAGGAUCACAAUUUGCUUGCGGGACACCUAGCCAUGCUAAGUGAAGAUUUUAACCUCGCACAAGAUCUUUUCCUGUCCUCCAGCAACCCGGUGGCUGCGUUAGAGAUGCGUAGGGAUCUGCAGAAUUGGGACAGUGCCCUUCAGCUGGCCAAGCGUCUGGCCCCAAACCAGAUCCCCUUCAUUUCAAAGGAGUAUGCCAUGCAGCUGGAGUUCACCGGAGACUACGUGAAUGCACUGGCACAUUAUGAGAAAGGAAUAGUUAACGACAACAAUUACACGGAGCACGAUGAGGCAUGCCGGGCAGGUGUGGCGCGAAUGGCUUUGCGCAUGGGAGACAUCCGACGCGGCGUCUCGCUCGCACUCAAACACUCAAGUCGCAUCCUCAAGAGGGACUGUGCUGCCAUCCUGGAGAGCAUGAAGCAAUUCUCAGAAGCUGCUCAGCUCUAUGAGAAGGGGCAAUACCAUGACAAGGCAGCAUCGGUCUACAUCCGCUCCAAAAACUGGGUCAAGGUGGGCGAGCUCUUGUCCCACGUCGCCUCUCCCAAAAUCCACCUACAGUAUGCCAAGGCCAAGGAGGCAGAUGGCAGGUACAAAGAGGCUGCACUGGCCUACGAGAAUGCCAAGGACUACGACGCCAUGAUCCGCGUGCUGCUCGAGCACCUCAACAGCCCUGAGGAAGCCGUGCGUGUCGUGCGCGAGACCCAGUCCAUCGAGGGUGCCAAGAUGGUCGCAAGGUUCUUCCUGCGUCUGAGCGAUUAUGGUUCUGCAAUCCAGUUCCUGGUCAUGUCCAAGUGCAACAACGAGGCGUUCCAGCUGGCCCAGCAACACCAGCAGAUGGAGGUGUACGCCGACAUCAUUGGUGCGGAUGCCACUCCUGAGGACUACCAAAGCAUUGCAAUGCAUUUUGAGAACGAGAAGAAACACUUUCUGGCUGGGAAGUUUUUUCUGUUGUGCCAGCAAUAUUCAAAGGCGCUGAAGCACUUUCUGCUUUGUCAGGGAGCAGACAAUGGGCAAGCUAUUGACAUGGCCAUUGAAACGGUUGGAAGGGCCAAGGAUAUGAUGCUGACAAAUCAUCUCAUUGAUCAUCUCAUGGGAGAGACGGACGGGAUGCCAAAGUCUUCCACAGUGACACUGGAAAAUUGGUAAAGGCUCUUAGACUAUUACAUCUUUGUCUCGUUGUAUUGCUUAGCUUUCUAACAUUCCCAUACUGUGUUGAUACAAUAAGUGUUUAGUGUUCUUACCGGUUCUUUUUUGUGUUGGUUGUUUUUCCAUUCCCUUGUGAUGUUUGCAUUGGCUGCUUGCUACAUUGACCUGUGUUCUUCUUUGCACCAUGCUGCUUUUUAAUCACUGCCUUGCGGUGAGUACCGCCUUGUGCCGACCAAACUGCACCAGAGCAGCACGGUCCACUGAACAGGACUUGCUCUAAUUGGUAGCUCAGUGAUGCUCUCUUUGUGACUAACUUUGCUUCUAUACAAACGAGCUCUCAUGCGACUUGAUAGAAAUUGUAUAUUAGUAUGAACCACUAAUUUUGAGAGUGCAUGUGGACAAAAUAAUACAUCCUGUUUUAUGAAAAACACAACUCAAAAAUAUGCUCCUGUAGAUGCACAAAUUAUUUGUGUGACCUUGAGUGUCCGACACUUGUUUGAAGCUGAAUAAGAGCAAUACACUUUAAAUGUAGGUACUCCUUCGGAGCAUUGUCUGGUGGCAUUGUAUUAAAAUGCACGGGAGUGAGGACAGAUACGUAACUAGAGUGCCAUAUUGCCGUAUUUAGUUGCUUGGCUCUUAACUUUAAAGUUAAUUUUUUGAGUAACAAAGCUUCAAAAAUGUGUCAGACUGUCCAGAGUACAUAGCCUCAGUACAUAUUUGCAAGAUUAGGUCUGUUUGUUUUUUAGUUGUCUUUCUACAUUUGAAAGAGCAAUUAUCAGCCAAGUUAAAUAUUUAAAUUAAGGGUGUUUUUAUUCCUCCCAAUAUGUAUCCAGGAUGCGUUAAUAAAAAACAUUGCAGGAUUGGUAAAUAAUCAUUAUAAUUUGAUUAGCUUAUAGCAUAUUUAUUGCAAAAACUAUUUGUUAGCUACUUUGAAAAUCUGUGAUGGCUUAUGUUUCAAAUGUGGAAUCACAAAGCAUGUUUGAGGGUGGUAAAGUUAACAUUUCUUGUAGAUGGUGGGGUGACUCGGUAAGCUAAUGGGCAUGUCAGUGCACUCAUCUUCCUACUCUGAGAACUCGAGUUAAAUUCCAGGUUUCAGCCACCUGUGUUUAAACCAGUUAACAAUUAAUGCAGAAUACCCCACGUUAACUUUGUUAUUUUAAUUAAUUCGACAUAUUCCAGCUCUGAGAAAAACAUUUUGAUUGUCAUGCAACAAAGGGUAUAUGAAAAGAUGCAAUUCUUAGUGUUGAUUAGAGGCAAUUCAAGGGAGUAGUUUUGUGGCGUCAUCUUUCAUGGGCCAUUCUCUGACGCCAGGUGAUGCUAUUUUUAGUUAAAGCGGUUCCAAAUGGAAAUGUAGUCUUCUCGUGAUCUGACACCAUCUCGUGCGUUGUGGAAUAUAAUUGGGAGAAAAUGGUGAGAAAAUGUCCACAUUGACAUAGAAGGUUGUGCUGUCUGGAUUGUUCUGGGCAUUCAGCACCGUCGGAACUCAGUGUGCCGUGCAUUCCUUUUAAAUG